CAGUUCACAAUGGGAAAUUAUAGACAUUCUCCUGGGAACCAAAUUAUCUACUGUGGUAAAGGUUAUGAACCAUUUCUACCUCACGGUAGUAAACAAGUCAGUUGUCGACCAUGCCUUGCAAAUACAUUUAAAUCAGAGAGCUGCUUUUCAAAUGAUGAUAAUUGUCAUUGUAACGAUUUUACUUCAUGUGAAGAUGAUGAAAUUACAGUGAAAGGCAAUUGGACACGUGACAAUAUCUGCAUACGAAUUGAUCAAGCCAUGAACUAUAAUGAAACUUCUGACACACAAUUGUUGUCAUCGUUGUUAGAAUUGAAUACUAACAGUACUGCUGCUACAACAACUACUGCUACCACUAAAGAUAGCAAUUAUAAUGAGUACUUUCCAAAAGUCAUGUGGUUUGUUUUAGGGAUCAUCAAUCUACUGUUGCUUCUGUUGCUGGCAUUCGUGAUUUACAAACUCGUAAAGACUCGAUGCUGUAGAAUUUUUAGCCUCUUCAACUUUUGCAAUUUUUCAAAAAAUGUAACCACAACUACUAAUACCAGAGCUGCUGCCACUAAUACCACAGCUGCUAUUGGUGUUAAUAACGAAGCAGCUGCUAGUACCACAGCCACUGAUCGUCGUGUUUAUGACACUACCGAGGAUUAUAAUGCUGCCGAUGAUGGUGGCUAUGCACGUGCUGCUACUCGGCCUCUACUUAUGACGGCAGCACCUUCUUCAUUGGGAUCAUUGCCACCUCCAUUGCCUCUUCAUCUCCAUGAGGGGACAGGACCACAACAGCCUCAACGUCCACGGCCACCACAACUUCAACAAUUACACUCGCAACAGUCACAACUACCACAACAAUCGGAUUAUGAAAUAUAUAGCGUUGAAGCUGUCGACACGGAUUAUUGAAGCGUUCUUUAGUAACACUGGUUGACAGACUGAUAUAGCGUAUUAACUUAUAACUGUUUAAAAAAACCAACUUAAUGCUUUUGUUUUAGAUGUCGUUGUCUUUUGUUUGUUCACUCGUUAGUGCCAAUUUCAAAGUCCAAUUAUCAUUCAAUGGAAUUAAAAUAGGACACUGAGAUAAUUUUGGAGCAAAAUUUUCGAGCAAUUAUUUUUUGUAUCUUUGUGUUUUCUAUAGACGCGUUUUAUGAUUUAGAAAUUAUUUGUUAAGAUCAUGAAGUUGCCAUUGUUUUAGAUGUCGUUGUUUUUGUUUGUUCACUCAUUCUUUCUUCUAGAUUUUUCCAAUCAUGCGUUCGAUCAAUCAAUCAGUCAUAUGAAUUAUUAUAAUUAUUAUCAAGUGUGCGUAUAUAUACAUAUAUACAUAUAUAUGUAUGUGUGUAUAUCUCUCUAUAUAUGCGUUUGUGUAUAUAUAUUUUUGUUCUUUAUAUGAGAUUAAAUCUGAAUUUUUGAAGUAAAAUCUGCGACUUUGAAGUUCUAGUGUUCUUUUUGUUGCCUUCAUCGUUCUUAUCAUUAUAAUCUUUGUUAUCGUUAUCAUUUCUAUCAUUAUCAUUUGUGUUAUCAUUAUCCACGCUAUCCUGUUAUUAGUAUAUGUGAUAUAUUUUUAUUAAAAAACUUUUAGGUAAAUUGUAUAUAAAUUUAUUUAUUUCACUUGUAUAAUUUAUUUUAAAGCCUUACAUUUAUCUAUUUGAAAGCUGAAAUCAGACCAGUGCCUCACACACUCCAUCCCAUAUCUGCAGUGUGUUCUGUCUAGUAGUUUUUUAUUCAAACUUUUUUGGCAAAUACGUGAUUGAAAAUGAAUGAUGAUA